AUGAGCAGUACUGAGUACGUCCAAAUAAAAGAUUUGAAGCCGGGUAUGAAAAAUAUCAACGCGAUCUUCAUAGUGUUGGAGGUGGGACUGCCGACGCUGACGAAGGAGGCGCGCGAGGUGCGCACGUUGCGCGUGGCGGACGCUUCGGCCUCCGUCAACUUAUCCGUUUGGGACGAACCCGGCGCCCUGUUGCAGCCAGGAGACAUCGUGCGCCUCACGCGCGGCUACGCUUCGCUCUGGCGCUCCGCUCUCACCUUGUAUUCGGGUAAAUCCGGCGACAUACAAAAAGUUGGCGAAUUCUGUAUGCUGUUCAACGAGCAAGUGAACAUGAGCGAACCUCAGCCGACGCCACCGCCCGCUGUGAACGCGCCACCCCCUGAUCGUACUAAUGGCGCGCAUGCCCCCGCUCGCAACAUGGCACAGUCCCAACCAUCAACACCCGGCACUCAGCAGAUGCAGCCGAAGAAUGAACGGUUUUCACAGAACAAUCAGGAACACAACAGCAAACAUCAGCAUAAAACAUAUGUUAGAGGAAGAGGACAUCAGCGCGGCAACAACAGGAGAUAA